AUGGACGCUUUUGAUACCUACGGCGCAAAUUCGCCCAACGAUCUUUCAAGAGUCGACAGCUAUGAGCGCGAGUCUUAUACCUCUCGCGACAGAGAGCCGUACCGAGAGAGACGCAGGUCGCCGAACUCGGACCGACGUGCUCGCGUUGCUGGCCGUAACCGCUCCCGCUCUCCCACCCAAAUUGACCGCUACCAGCCUGAUCGUUCCCGUGACGAUUACUACCGCGGACGUGAAGACUAUCCCCGCGACAGACGCCGCUCGUCUCCUCAAAUCCAACCAGGCGGCCCGAAAAGCAUCGACCGUUACGUUCCGGACAAUGUCAUUCCAGUGAACCAACUCAGGGACCCUCUGUUGGAAGCUUCACAGGUCGGUUUCAGCUACUUUGCCGAGUGGUGGAAAGCCGAGCAAGAUAUCAAACAACAACGCGACCGUCAAAAGAAUGGAGGUCGUCGUCCCGAGCCGGUCAAGGAAUCACACAGCGAACAGCGAUCAAAGAUACAGAACGCCUACGAUCAGUACAAACUGAACUGGAACACCCGAAUGGCGAAGCUCUUUGUGCAUGGUCACAAGUAUGACACAUGGUUCCGCGAACGCUAUGUACCAGAGGUUCGCGAUCCGUUGCGCCAGAAGGUUCUUGAUUUCAGACGCGACCUCUUUGCUCGAUGGGACUCGGACUUGACGGCUGGUACCUUCGACGAGUUCACCCUCGAAGGUAUCUACAAGAGCGAAAGUAAUGGUGCUGGUGGUAUCGUUGAAAGGGAGGAAGGCGAGACCAGCGCUGCAGCGGAGGUCUUGGCUGUCUCUGAUCUAUUGCCAUCCAAAGGCGGAGAUGUACGUGACCCUGUGGCCUUCCAGCCGACGUUACUCGUCAAGACUAUCACUCCAGCCGUGUCACGCGAAAGGAUGGAGGAGUUCUGCAAAGAGCAUCUUGGUGAGGGUGAAGGUGGCUACAAGUGGCUGAGCCUGAGCGACCCGAAUCCAGGAAAGAAGUUCCACCGUCUUGGUUGGAUCAUGCUCAACCCUGCAUCUGAUGUACCCGAGGAGGACUCCAAGCGACGCGGAAGCCGGGAUGACGACGACCAAGACGCCGAAGGAGGUGCCAUGGACCAAGACAAGCCAAAUCACACGCAGACCGUUUGCGAAAGAGCGCUGAACGAGAUCAACAACAAGACAAUUCAAGACCCCGAGAAGGGCGACUUUACUGUCCAUGUCGGCAUUCAUCACCCACAGGAAACCCCGAGGAAGAAAGCUUUGUGGGACCUCUUCUCUGCCCCGGAACGUGUCGAACGCGAUCUGGAUCUUGCUCUCCGCUUGGUCAGGAAACUCGACUCCGAGAUGGGUGAAGACUAUGAUGGUGUUGCAAGAAUCGAGCAGCGUAUUGACGAACUGGCUGGCAAGGGCUAUCUGCAACCACCUAUUCCGGCUCCCAAGGUCGUCAAAGAUGAAGAUGUCGACGAAGGCGAGAUGGAAGAAGGAGAAGAGGAUGAAGGUGGCAUCGAUGAAGACGUCGAUGACGAGGACCUGUUGAUCAAGAAGAAGAAGCUCGAUCUGCUCGUCGAGUAUCUUCGUCGCGUUUUCAACUUCUGCUUCUACUGCGUGUUUGAGUGUGACUCAGUCCAUGAGUUGCAGCGCAAAUGUGCAGGAGGGCAUCUUCGUCGUCCUCGCGCAAGUUUGACUUCAGCGGCCAAAGAGACUGCUAGAGCGACUGCCAACGGAGAACCGUUCCCACUCAAGCGCCAAGAAGGCGGUCUUGGAGAUGGCGAAGACGGCUCACCGGUCGAGGAAAGAAAGUCUGCUCCUCGAGCUUACGGUAAGAACCAGCUUCAGAAGGCAUACAACUGGGUCAAGACUUUCGAAGAGAAGCUGCUCAUGAUUCUUGAGCCCGAGAACGUCGAUCUCAGAAAGCUCGGCGGCAAGCCUGUGGAAGAGGGUCUGGAGGAAGACAUGAUCAAGUUCGUUAAACAGGAGGACGAGUUCAAGUUCAGGUGCAAGGUUCCGGACUGCACAAAGCUCUUCAAGGGUGAAAACUUCUGGAAGAAGCAUGUGGAAAAGAGACAUCAAGAUUGGCAUGACAAACUCAAGGAAGACAUUGAGCUUGUCAACCGCUAUGUCCUCGACCCAGCGAGACUUGCACAGGGACGCAAUGAUGCCAGCAGCAACGGACACUUCCCUGUCAACAACAACAUGCCUACCGGCACACCUCGCAACUUUAGCUUGAACAGCAUGCCGUUCUUCCCUAACGGUAUGCCUAUGCCGAACGCAGCUGGUCCUCCUGGGUUCAAUCCUUUCGUUGCUGGACAAUUCCCAGUCACUGUGCCUGGUUGGAGCAUGCAGGGCGGCGACCGUGGCACUGGUCCAAUGAGAACUGGCGGUAUGCGCACUAACAACGCUCGUGCGCCAGGUCCAUACGACCGUGGUGGCAUGAGAGCUGAGCCACGACGUAGCAUCAGUGGCCGUCUGACGCCCCCUCGUAGAGGCAUGUUCAUGGAAGGAGGAGAGCACACAGUUGGGCCUAGGCAAGCAGUUGAGGGUCGCACAAUGAAGAGUUACAAUGACCUUGAUGCAGCUGGCAGUGCUGGAGGAGCAGAAGAGCUGAACUACUAA